UGCGAAUAAGUCUUUGAAAGGUGUUAGCUCCUUCCUUCCACCGAAAGGCGAGCGCAGAGUGAGAGAGUGAAACCCUAGGUUUUAGAAAAUGCCGGCUGGUCACGGUUUGAGAUCUCGCACGAGAGACUCCUUCUCUCGUCCCUUCAGGAAGAAGGGUACCAUCGCCCUCACCACCUACCUCCGAACCUACCACAUCGGCGACUACGUUGACAUCAAGGUUAACGGCGCCGUCCACAAGGGCAUGCCUCAUAAGUUCUACCAUGGCCGCACCGGUCGCGUCUGGAACGUCACCAAGCGCGCCAUUGGCGUCGAGGUCAACAAGCAGGUUGGGAAUAGGAUUAUCAGGAAGAGGAUUCACGUGCGUGUUGAGCAUGUGAUGCCUUCACGGUGCACUGAGGAGUUCAGGUUGAGGAAGAUUAAGAAUGACCAACUCAAGGCUGAGGCUAAGGCCAAGGGUGAGAAGAUCAGCACCAAGAGGCAGCCCGAGGGUCCUAAACCCGGGUUCAUGGUUGAAGGUGCUACCUUGGAGACUGUUACUCCCAUUCCUUAUGAUGUUGUUAAUGACCUCAAGGGAGGUUACUAGAGUGGUCUUGUUGUUUGUUGGUUUUUGCUUAGUAUUUUUGUUUGGAUUUUAGUCCUUUUUUUUUAUUGGAACAGCUUUAUAAUUUAUCGUGAAAACAUUCAGACUCUCUAAGUUUUGUCUUGGUUGAUUCUCUAAAUACAAGGAUAUGUUUCAAUUUUGCUCUUC